UCUUCCAUUGUGCUGUGUCGGUGGGAAAUUACCAACCGCUGAAAGAGAAAAGCGUACAAGGAAGUCGUUACGGCACGGGGCGUUUCAUUCUGAAGGUAAAAGAAGUCUCAAAGCAUGGAAGCUCUGAAUCAGAAGAAGCUCAAGAUAGGCAUAAGUCUUGUUCUGUUGAUGUUCUUUGUUCUGGGUGCUUCGGCUUGGACUGGUGAAAUCCAUGGCCGGGUUGUUUGUGAUGUCUGCGGUGAUUCUUCUAUUGGACCUGAAGACCAUAUCCUCGAAGGCGCUGAGGUUGCUGUUCUUUGCAUCACAAAGUCCGGGGAAGUUCUAAAUUACCAGGCAUUCACAGAUGCUAGGGGGAUUUACACAGUAGCAGAGACAAUGCCCGAGAGCGAUCGUUGGGACGCCUGUCUUGCUCGUCCCAUUAGUAGCUUCCACGAGCACUGCACUGACCUCGGCAAGGGUAGCUCCGGGGUGAAGUUCAGCUACAAUCACCCGUCAGGUUAUUCCCAUGCCGUCAGAACUUUUGUUUACCGACCUUCUAGUCUUCCAACCUACUGCAUUUGAUUUGCUCUGGCCUUGCUACAAACUUAUGAUGAUGACCAUGCUUGGUUAAACCACAAGAAAAACUGGAUACUAGAUGCGCAUAAUUUAUGCUAUAGUAUGUGCAUAUACAUAUACAUACUUAUAUAGUGUUGUCUGAUAUUUGUUAUCACUAUCGAGCCUAGUUGAAGUGGAGGUAUGAACUAUGACCAAAGGUCUUGUGAGUGGCAUUGUCAUUGAGUGAUUGAGAUUAGCUCAACAGUGGGGCUCGUGCAUUGUAAGAAGUUUAUAAAAUGAGCUAGACUAUUCAUAAGUUGUUGUGAAUAGUGCUGCUUUUUAUAGAUAUCCUAUAUAUAUCUAUUUCUAUGUUGA